AUGGAUAGUCCUAUUCCCUUAUGGUUGGACUGCGAUCCUGGCCAUGAUGAUGCCUUCGCAAUUCUAAUAGCGGCUCACCAUCCAUCUUUGGAGCUACUUGGGAUCAGUACGAUCCACGGAAAUGCAUCGUUGGUGAAGACAACCGCCAAUGCCGGCAGUGUCCUAGAAGCGAUCGGCAAGCCCGAUAUUCCAGUCUAUCCCGGGUGUAACAAGCCAUUUUGCCGGCCUGCUCUUCAUGCGCCUGAUAUUCAUGGUGAAUCUGGCCUGGAUGGAACCGAUCUUCUUCCCAAGGCUAGUAAAGCGCCCAUCACUGACGAGAACGCCAUUGUGGCCAUGAGGAAUGCCCUUCUUGCCCAGCCCAAAGGUACCCCCUGGUUGGUCGCAACAGGGACAUUGACAAACGUCGCACUGUUGUUUGCAACAUUUCCCGAAGUGGCUGAACACAUCCAGGGACUGAGUCUCAUGGGCGGUGCCAUCGGCGGAGGCUUUACUGAUGCUCCCAUGAGCAGACUUCCAGGGGAGAAGGCUAGAAUCGGGAAUACGACGCCGUGGGCUGAAUUCAACCUUUAUUGUGACCCCGAAUCUUCAGAGUCAAUCUUUAGCAACCCCGUACUUGCACCCAAGACAACUAUUAUUGCCUUGGAUCUCACACACCAGGUCUUGGCCUCCCAGGCCAUUCAAACACGGAUCUUGCAUGGCUCGAUUCACUCGCCUGACGAACCCACGAUCCUUCGGCAGAUACUGCACGCGCUUCUCACGUUCUUCGCAGCCACAUACGAGAAGGCAUUUGGGUUAUCCACUGGACCUCCAUUGCACGAUCCCCUUGCUGUGGCUGUAGUGUUAUCCACACUGAAUCCAGCGUUUGCUAACAAGCACCCGGACCGAGCUCUCUUUUUCGACGAUAAAGGCGGCGAACGGUUUGCAUUGAGGAUUGUUACAGAUGGACACCACGGCAAAGAUGUAUCCGAGACUGGCCAGCUGGGUCGCUCGAUAGCCACGCCGGUUGAUGGUCCCGGUGUCGCUGUUCCCAGAGGUGUUGAUAUUGAGGCUUUCUGGGACAUGAUUUUGCAAUGUGUCCAGCUGGCGGAUGAUUGCAACGCUGCGCGCAAGAUUUGA